AUGACCAUGGCAACAACCGCAUUGCACGGAUGGCAUCCGGGCGAGCUUGAAAUACAACGCAAGCUUGGGUAUGCCGACGCUGUCAACGAUAGCUGGCCGAUAGUCAACAGCUACAUGCCUGAACAGCACCGUAUAUUCCACACUUCGAAUCUUCCAUUCAUUCCUUUCACUACUACCGACCAAAACGGACGCCCUUGGGCAUCUAUUGUUGCUGGAUCGACGGGGGACAUUGGCUUCAUCAGAAGUUCAACUCCUCAAAGCCUCUCUAUCAGUACACGACUAUGGAAAGGAGAUCCGCUUUUGGAAACACUCAGAACCUGGAACAGCGCGAAGAAUCAUUUUACAUGGAGAAAAGAGCGGCGCAUGAUCGCCGGCUUGGGCAUUGAAUUUUCGACCCGUCGACGGAACAAAUUUGCAGGAUUCAUGCGGAGUGUGACCGCUAUAACGGAAACGGAUUAUCAAAUUGACUGCCAAGUUACGGAGGCCUUGGGGAAUUGCCCGAAGUAUAUUAACGUGCGAACACUCGUCCCACAUCCGCAGACGCGGCCUGUAGUUGUCUAUAAUCGCCAACAUGUCGAACCUCACGAAAGACUGCCCAAGGAAGUGAUCCAAUUCAUACAAGAUGCUGAUACUGCUUUUGUGGCAACCGUUUACAAUUCGGAAAAAUCAACAGCGACCAAGUUUCCUUCGCAUGCCGGUAUGAAUUCUCGGGGCGGCCUACCAGGAUUUCUACGAGUUAGCCCAUCCGAUGGCCAUACAGUGGUGAUUCCCGAUUAUUCCGGGAACAGGUUUGUCUCCAGCUUGGGAAAUAUUGAGGCGAGUGGACUGGCUGGCUUGACAAUAGUCUCUUUCACAACUGGGGACAUUCUUUACAUGACGGGUAAGGCUCAAAAUAUUGUGGGUCCACCGGCCUCUGAGAUUAUGGUUAGACAUGGCAGUAUCACAACAAUGCAAGUGACAGGUUUCACCUUUGUACGAGAUGCUCUGCCUGUGCGGCAGAAGCUGGGAACGUCUGUUGAGAGAAGCCCCUAUAGCCCCAAAGUGAAAUACUUGGUCGAAGAGACCGCAUCUCAACCGAGAGACAACAUGCAAUCCAGAGCGCAGCUUAUAGAAGCUUUACAGCUGACAUCUGAUAUCGCUGCGCUGAAGUUUAGGGUGAUUCCAAAACCCGGUGCCUCUGAUUUAAAAAUUCGCCCAGGGCAAGCGAUUAUUUUGGACUUCAUGGAAUGGAUAGGGCCACCUCAAUACCGGCAUAUGGCCAAUGCUGCUCCACAAUCAAUCAAUGAUGAUCGUGUGCGUACCUGGACAGUUUCCAGUGCUCACGAAGAUCAGAACGCAUUGUGCUUUGAAUUGACUAUGCGGGAAAUGAAGGGAGGCGCAGUAACAGGAGCCUUGUUCGAUGAGAUCCGGACAAGAUCGCCAAAGAAAUGGGGACAGAAAGUGAAAUUCGACGUGCCAAUUUAUGCAGAUAUUGUUGGUACUACAGGAGACUUUUACAUGGGCGACAAAAUGCUCAAUAUGGUAUGGGCAGCAGGAGGAAUUGGGAUUACACCAUUUCUCGCAAUGCUGAAGGCACUGGUUGACCGAAAACCAAUUGAAGAAGCUGAAAUUCUCUUCGUUAUAGCAACAAGAGAGCCGGACACUAUGUUGGAACUGAUUUUGCCUUCGCUUGAACGCUUGCCUUCGAUGGUCAAAGUCAAGGUCAACAUUUUCACCUCUAAUACUUCUCUAAUUGGCGUUGAAGAUCUUAAUAACGAAAGCUUCAAACUAAGCAUCCACAAAGGUCGUGUUACACAAGACUUUUGGAACAAUAUACCAAAGGAUAAAGAAGCUUUCAUAUGUGGUCCAAAUGAUUUUGGCGACUCUGUCAACGAGGGACUACGAGUUGCGGGACUGCGUCCUUCUCGAAUCCAUAGGGAGGGAUUCUACUGA